AUGACAAAUAACCCACACAAGAUCUUUUACAAAGGAGUCGACAAUGACUUUGUCAUCUUCGUUGACGAUCCCGCUUUAUUCGAAAAGUAUAAAAACGGAGACACAACAAUCCCCAUCAUUGACAUUGUGUCCAUAUUCAAGGUGUUUAUCAAUAGACAAGGCGGUGCCGAAGGUAUACUAGACGAGGCCUCCAAGCAGGACUUGAACAACAAUUUCAAAACCUCCAACGUUGACGAAGUGAUCAAGAAGAUCUUGGAUGAAGGUUCAGACAAACACAACUCCGACCUUAGUUCCGACUACAGCUCGCGUAACGAUUCCUAUGGUGCUGGUGACACUGGGAACUAA